AUGGCUUUGGCGCCCAGCUCAGCCCCCCUGCUGCCUUUGCUCGCCACCACCCUAGCGCUGAUCCAAAUGCAGUUCGUCAUUGGCAGCUCUACAACAAGCUCCCCGGUGGCUCUUCUCACCGGUAACUGGACAGCAUUUCCCGGGAAGAGCCUAAGCCCCGCCCCAGGUUCCGCGCGCCUCGCCCCAGAUGGCGUGCAAGUGACUGUGCACAAGGAUGGCGUCAUCCUGAGGCAGAAUGUCACUGGGCUGAUUCCAGGCAGCACGUACAUCCUUUCGCUGCGGAUGACUGCCAGCGCAGGCGCCUCCGCCAACUUGGCGAUCGCUGUAGACGCGACAGCUGUCAUCACGGCAGUGGUGCCUGGCUCACGCAUGCGCACCGGACCCUUUGUGGCGACUGCGGAUAACGAAACGCUGGCCGUUGCCUUCUUCACUGCUGGAAAAACGAGUAGAGUGUACCUUGACAAUGUCACCAUCUCUCCUGCGAACGACAACCAGACGAUCGAUGCCAGGCACAUCGGUCACGUUGACUACGUUGUUCCCCCCUUCAACAACGUCACCCACGUGGCUCCCCAACGUUGCCCCCUCAACACCCGCACCUGCUACAACGCCAUCGGCGACCAAAUGACCUGCUGCUCCAGCGCGUGCGGCGCCGACAACGACCCAAUCGCCACCUGCCACGUGGCCAACGCCACCGUCCCCAAGCUGGCCGCCGGGAAGGUCGCCGUGCCGGCGGGCGCCACGUGUCCCCCCGGCGCGCCCAACCCGUGCUACAACUUCAACGGCCAGAGCAUGGCGUGUUGCGCGGGGGGGUGCGGCCCGAACGGGGGCGCGCUCGCCACGUGUGCGGGCGACACUGACGUCACCCCUGCACCGACCGUUUCUUCGCCGACCGGGUCUCCUUCUCCUGCUAGCGGGUCUCCUCCUCCUCCUACCGGUUCUUCUUCUUCGACCGGCACGUGUCCCCCCCAGGCGCCAAACCCGUGCUACAACCUCGACGGCCAGAACAUGGCGUGUUGCCCCGGGACACACUCCUUCUCCGACCAUUCCCUCGACCGACCCGCCGGUCACUCCCUCCCCAACGGAUUCCCCGGCCACGCCUUCUCCGACUUCUGCCCCGGCCACACCUUCUCCGACCAAUCCUCCGGCCGCUCCCUCCCCGACGGAUGCCCCGGCCACUCCUUCCCCAACCAAUUUCCCGACCACUCCUGCCCCGACCCCCCCCCCCCCAGCCACCCCUUAGCCCGACCAGUCCGCCGGUCACCCUCUUCCCCGACGGACCCCCCAACCACUCCUUCUCCAACAAAACCGCCGGCCACCCCUUCCCCGACCACUGCCCCGGCCACUCCUCCUCCACUAACUGCAUCGGCUAUCCCCUCCGGUACCAACCUCCCCGCCGCGCCGUCGGGUUAUCGCUGGGUCGUUAACCCGGCGCUAACCGACGAGUUUAACGGCGACGAACUUGACACCAGCAAGUGGCGGGCGACCCACCCGUACUGGUCGGGCCGCCUGCCCAGUCAGUUCGACCCGGCGAACGUCGCCGUGGGGGGGGGUGUCGCCAGGUUGACGUCAACCACCACGGUUAGCAGCGUUGACCAGGUUAACGACCCGUACAACGACCCCUGGGUUAGCUCCGCGGUUAUCUCGUCCAACGCGGCGAUCGCGGGGUAUGGGUACUACGAGUGCCGCUUCAAGGCGUCCAACAUGCAGAUGACGUCAUCGUUCUGGUUCCAGUCGCAGCGGACGGAGAUUGACGUCAUCGAAACGGUGGGCGUCGCGAGCAACUACCGCAGCCGCUACAUGAACAUCAACACACACUACUACCCGGACAACAUCUCCCCGAGCACGCCGGACUUCGCCCUCCCAUACAACUACCGCCUUCCGGCCGGAACGCUCACGUCCGGCGACUUCCACACGUACGGCGUCUGGUGGAAGGACGCCAACACGCUGCUCUUCUACUUCGACGGACAGCUGGCGUGGCAAACCACUCCCCCGGGGCCCUUCUCCGAGCAGUCGUACCUUUUCCUCGACACCGAGGUUUUCAGCUCGGAGGGACUCCCCGCCGUCGCGGAUCUCAAGGACCCCGACAAGAACGCGUUCGUCGUCGAUUACGUGCGCGCGUUCACGCUGCAGUCAGCGUGA